GAACAAUAAUAUAAUGCCGAACAAUAAUAUAAUCAUAAUAGAUAAGAGGAAUAAAUGGUGAUUAUGUCUGCGAUGUCUGCAUAUUUAUUAACAGCUUUUUAUUUAUACACAGCAAUUAUCUUAUUGGGAAAUGUAAAUGCUGAAUGUCCGUAUGGAUGGCACCAUUAUGAACUAUCCUGUUAUUUCUUUAGCACUGACAAUUAUAGUUGGCUAAACGCGCAAAACAGCUGUCGUGGGCAUGAUGCGAGACUUGCUGAAGUUGAUAAUAAAGCACAGUCGGACUAUCUAAUGCUGAUGGCCAGAACAUUAGGGAAAGAUCAUAACUAUUGGUUAGGUGGAAGAGACGAUGUGGUUGAAGGAACAUGGAUGUGGUCAUCCACAGAUGAGUUUUUCACAUAUACAGACUGGUACCCAGAACAACCGAAUAACUACUUAGGUAACCAGGAUUGUUUGCACAUGCACGCUGCUUUUAACAUGAAAUGGCAGGAUGAAUCAUGUACCACUCUAGGCAGAUACAUAUGUGAAAAAAUAUAUCCUGAAAAUACAGCUAGUUCGCCUCCAAUAAUAGGAUAAUGACAUCUAAUAACAAUGCAAAUGAGUUA